AGUCUCUGUAAACAAAGAUGGCGAACCACUACGAAAUUCCGAAGUGGGCAGGAAAACCACCUGUGGGCUUGCACUUAGAUGUUGCAAAAGGAGACAAGCUUAUACAGAAACUGAUGAUUGAUGAGAAGAAGUGUUAUCUCUUUGGUAGAAAUCCCCAACUAAAUGACUUUUGCAUUGAUCAUGCAUCCUGCUCGAGAGUGCACUGUUCCCUCGUUUAUCAUAAACAUCUCAACAUGGCCUUCCUAGUUGACCUUGGAAGCACUCAUGGAACAUACAUAGGAAAUAUCCGAUUGGAAGGCAACAAGCCAACGCAGCUUCCAGUAAACUCCACCUUCCAUUUUGGAGCUUCAACGAGAAUGUACACUCUGCGUGAAAGACCACAGACAGCACCAAAGCCAGUAAUGGAAGAGCUAGAGAGAAUGACUGAAGACAGCGAUGGAGGUUUGCUGGGUUUGCCAGAAACUGAAACAGAAUUGGAUAAUCUCACAGAAUUUAAUACUGCGCAUAAUAGACGUAUAUCAAUGUUGGGCAUUGGGGAGGACGAACCCAAACAGAGAGGUCGUAAACGGCACAAAUUUAAUGUCAGUUUUAAAGAUGAAGAGGAUGUGAUAAACCCUGAAGAUGUUGAUCCAAGUGUUGGAAGAUUUAGAAACCUGGUCCAAACAACAGUGGUGCCUUCAAAAAAAAGAAGACUGGACAUCGGCGGUCUCGUUUCCAGCAGCAGUGGACGCGACGAGGGGUUAAGUAGAGGUAUGAUGCAGUUUCAUCCAAGUGUUGGAAGAUUUAGAAACCUGGUCCAAACAACAGUGGUGCCUUCAAAAAAAAGAAGACUGGACAUCGGCGGUCUCGUUUCCAGCAGCAGUGGACGUGACGAAGGGUUAAGUAGAGGUAUGAUGCAGUUUCAGCGAAAUGAUAAUCUGUACGGGGACCUUCCUCCAGAGCAGCACGGGCACGGGGGGUCACAUCACUCCAUGUUCUCUUCUCUACUGUCUUCCAAGCUCGGUUUGCCUCUUCCAAACCCUGCUCCAGAGGUCAGUGUUGAUAUGGUUGAACUGGCUCCUCCCGAACCAGUGGCCCCAGAGGUGCCCGCACAUCUCCAGGUGGCUGUUGAUCCCGACGAGCCCAAGAAGAAGAAGUAUGCCAAGGAAGCCUGGCCGGGAAAGAAGCCCACACCUUCUCUUCUUGUUUAGCCACCUUUGGCUGUCAGAGUAUGAUCACACUUUUAUAGUACCUUGUCUGAAAACAGUGGCAUUAGACCUCCCAUGUUGGGUCUUGAUUAAACAUAUCCUUCAUAUGGAUUUGUAUUUUUAUAAAGUGUGAAUGGUUCUUAUGACUGAAAUUGUAGUAUAAAUCUUAUUACUGUAAACUUUGUGUGUGUGAUAUAGAGUAUUAUGACAUAUAGGAGAGUUUUUGAAUAGUGAUACUAAGAGGUGCAGUAGACUUUCAUUAGUCUUAAUAGUACUGAGCUGAAUCAUUGAUUUGUCUGUUAUGGAUACUGAUAUGGUCUUUUUAAUAUUUCACCACGACAGUUCCCUCCAAUACUGAUCAUCCAGAAGAUGGUCAUUAUUGUUUCUAAUUUGUUAAAAUGUCUAAAAGUAGUAGUAUAAACACAUUGUAGUCUUAGUAUGUUUACCACUAAAGUACCCCCCAUCCAAGAGUAAUCUAAAUUUGAUGUAGCAAAGCUAAAACAAUACAGGACCAUGUACCUUUGCCAGGCAUCAUGUCAUUGAGUUUUUCUCUUACUUAUCCAAAGUUUAGACUAAUUAAAAUAUAUUUCAGUAAA